GGUCUCGCCACCCCCGCUAUAAAGAAAUUUGAACUCGGCAAUGUCCGACAGACGCGGCAAUUUUCAGUGGUGGCGACUCUAGGGUUUCAUUCUGAGUCUUAGUAGAAGAGAUUCGAGCUCCAAUUGAAGUUAGAAACGGAGAUUCGUUGAUGGAACUCGAAGAAGUAGAAGAAGAUACGUUUUUGGCUUUCAUCGAGUACGCAAGAACAGUGAUCGCGCCGCAUAAAGACGAGGAUGACGAGGAAGUGGAGGAUAGGCAGAUGAAGAAAGAAUCGACCGGUACCACGGCUGAAAUGGACAGUCCCGGUUGGGGAUGGAUUGCGUCGCGUAUCUUGAAGACAUGUAUCGCUUAUUCAAGCGGUGUCACUGCCGCGAUUUUGCUGUCCGAACUCUCUCAGGCCUGGCAUGAACAAAACAAAGCAGGAGCCAGAAAGAAGAGACCGGAACUGAUAGAUCAGCUGAAGACGAAUCAUCGAAGAAGAAAACUCGCCAAUUCCGUCACAAUUGAUUCUAUAUUUGAGAAGAAUUUUUUAUCAUUGAACAGUGUUUUGGAAGCUGUUGUUAUUGAAGCCUAUGUUCUUCCUGGUACAAAUAUCUACAUGCUUACAUUAGGGGACUUUUGGAGCUCUUACACAAUUGAUCUCUAUCUGCACCGAAGAUAUUAUGAGCUGGUGGAAGCACCAAACGGGGUUUUGAGUAAAGGCAGAGAGGUUUUUCUUACUGGAUGUUAUCUCCGUACUGCUAGAGAAGGAUGUGGCAUUCCACGGUUACUUCCAACCGAGUAUCUUGUCAUAUUGCUAGAUGAGGACCAUGACGAUGAUGCAAUCCUCAUAGCAGCUCAAUUUUGUUCGGAUACUUUCUCCUCCGUUUCCCUUGAUGCAUUCAACAAUGGAACUUCAUACUCAUUAUAUGCCAGGAUUGAAUCUAUAGGCCCUGUGGAAGAUAAAGUCAAGUUUAGUACUGCACAGAGAAAGCAAAUUACACUUGUUGAUAACGAUGGUGUUAGGUUAAAAUUCGUGUUGUGGGGUGAGCAGGUCCUCCUGGCUAAUCUUUUCAGUGUAGGAAGUAUGCUUGGGCUUGAGAGGCCUUACAUUUCUAGUCCCGAAGAGUGUGCCAUGGAAGGGAAUGAUGACUUCUGCCUUGAAUAUGGCAGUGCGACCCAUCUAUACCUAGUGCCAUCAAGUCAUCAAGAGGAACAUGUUUGUGUAGCAUUGUCCCAAAAUCGAUGUCAAGGAUCUAGGCUUCUUGGUUCAGCAGAUCCUAGUCAGGGCCUUGGGGUUUCACAGGUGACAUUGCCUCGUGACUCUGAAGGGUCAAUUGACUUCAGCCAUUAUCCUUUUCGGACUCUUGUAGCUGAUCUUCAAGACAAAAUGACUGGCAUCAGCCUCUAUGGUGUUAUAGCAGACAUCUACUCUGAUCUAAAAGCCUCAGGAGUUAUCUUCUCUUUGAAAAUAGAGGACACAACGGGAGCAAUAUGGGCAAGGCUACAUUUUACAUGCUCUUGGUCGCUCGGAAGGUUAGGAGUAGGCCAUGUGGUGUAUGUGUCUGGGUUAUCUUGCAAAAGAAUAAAGCAGAAUAGCCUUGAAGUGAUAUGGCAUGAGAAGGAUGAUAAAGCUUCCUUCAUCAACCUAAGCUGUUUACCUGCAUUUCUGACAUCGUCUUGUCUUCACAAGAUCUUGACCCUUUCUGAUCUAUCAAGACAGAGGAGAUCAAUCAUUAACAUUUGUCGGGUGAGGAUUGAUCAAAUAUACCAAUGCCAUAUCAGCACAAGAUUUUCACACAGCGUCUGUGGCCAUUUCACGGAAGAAGCUGAAGGAGGAGGAGGUCACAAGUGCCAGUUCUGCCAGAUGAGCUGUAACAACGGAGAUAUAGUGAGAACCUUUCACCUUAAGACAACGAUUGCGGACGAAAGAGGGAAAAUGAUGGCAUGGUGUACGGGUCAGACAGCAGUCACCAUUCUUCAAAUAUCAGCCGACGAAUUCUGUGAUCUCCCCGAGGACGAUCAGCUGAUGUACCCUUCGUCUCUGGAGAAUGAGUCGUUCCUUGUGGCCUUGGCCCAAACUAACGCUGUCGGCUGGGAGAUCACCCCCCCCCCCCCCCCAAGGUAA